AGCGAGGGAGCCUGCGCCUCUUCGUCCUCUUCGUCCUCUUCUUCCUCUUGUUUAUUCUCAGGAGCCGCGAGUCACCGGGUGCGCUCACUUUGUCACUGAUUUUGCCGGGACACUUGCGAGAGGCGUGCGGGGUCCUGUGGGCAUGGAGAGGAGACUGCUGUGACUGAGGAUCGGAUUGUUUCCCUGCUUUCUGGAGAAUGGAGAGUUGACGGCUUGAGAGGAACCCGACUAACAGCAGUGUGACGGGAUACGGAGGAUAAAGCUCUCUCUCCACAGUCAGGGCUUCUGAGCAUCCACUUCCAACUCACCCGACCUACUGCAGAUCAGCCGACGGGGAGACGAGUCAUGGCUGCGUAUGGGCAGACUCAGUACAGCCCGGCCCUCCAGACCGCGGGGCCGUAUGCGCCGUACACUCACCACGCGCAGGGCUACAGCAUGCCGUCUUACAACAUUAAAACAGAAGACGGCCUGAGUCACUCUCCGGGGCAGACGGGAAUACUGGGCUACUCAAACUUCAGCAGCACUCCUCCAAGUCAGAGUCUCUACAGCUACUCGCACACACACGGUGGCGGUAUUUCAUCUGGAAUUUUCCAAGGCACCCACGCGAUCUCAAGUUCGACCCCGUUCAACUCGACCCAGCAAGAGUUCUCAGCGUACUCAAGCUACAGUCCGAGUCAGUACUCUCCGUAUUAUAACUCUCAUCACUACAACAGCCCCUACCUAUCCAGCAGCAACAUCAGCCCUGCUGCCAUCACAGCUCCGUUAGCCUAUCAGCAUCCAGAACACCCCGUAAUGCUGCCCAAUCACAGCCCGGAGUCACACACAGGAGAGUACCACCCACCGCCCAGCCCCCCCACACCAGGUAAAGAGGAGGUCCCAGCACGAAGGGGGUCAGAUGGGAAGUUGAGAGGGAGGAAAAGAGUCAGUGACCCUGCUCCACCUCUGGACGCUGAUAUGGAGCGUGUGUUUAUCUGGGACCUGGAUGAAACCAUCAUCAUUUUCCAUUCGCUCCUCACGGGAACCUUCUCCUCGCGAUUUGGCAAGGACUCCUCAAAGGCCGUGUCUCUUGGUUUGUGGAUGGAGGAGAUGAUCUUCAACCUGGCCGACUCGAGACUCUUCUUCAACGACUUGGAGGAAUGUGACCAGGUCCAUAUUGAUGACGUGGCAUCGGACGACAACGGACAGGACCUGAGCACUUACAACUUUGGGUCGGACGGCUUCCAGAGCCCAGCGGGGGCCGGCUCUCUGUGCCUGGGGUCAGGAGUCCACGGAGGGGUGGACUGGAUGAGGAAGCGCUUUCGAUACCGCCGAGUGAAGGAGAUCUACAACACGUACAAGAAUAAUGUCGGAGGUUUGCUGGGCAGCCCCAAGCGAGAGGAGUGGCUACAGCUGAGGAGGGAGAUGGAGGUCCUGACCGACCUGUGGCUGACUCAAGCACUCAAAGCCUUGGCUGUCAUCAACUCGAGGCCUAACUGUGUGAAUGUGCUGGUGACCACCACCCAGCUCAUCCCGGCCCUCUCCAAGGUUCUCCUGUACGGCCUGGGCUCAGCGUUCCCCAUAGAGAACAUUUACAGUGCCACCAAGACAGGCAAGGAGAGCUGCUUCGAGCGCGUCUCUCAGCGGUUCGGCCGGAGAGCCGUGUACGUGGUGAUCGGAGACGGAGCCGAGGAAGAGUCCGUGGCCAAGAAGAAGAACAUGCCGUUCUGGAGGGUGUCCUGUCGACCCGACCUCGAGGCCCUGAGCCACGCACUGGAGCUGGACUACCUCUAGAGGGCGCCAGCUGUCGCGCUCUGCUCUUCCACCUCCAAAUCACCAGAAGCUCCUGACCUCCUGAGUGCAGCUGGAAGGUGAAGCUGCUCCCAGAAACUGAUUCAGUGUCACUUCAGGUUUUGGCACAAGGCGUUUGACCCGGGCGGACGGUUCAAAGCCAAAGGAACUGUGAGGAUUUCGAAGCGAGGCGGCAGUCUAUCCAAGACACAUGGACCCAAAGGUGCUGGACCAAAAUACAAGACCAAAGACAAAUAAGGGCCCGAUGCCUUAGAACUAACAUCAGGGAACUAUGGUUAAUACUGCAAAUAUCUUCUUCUUUUUUUUUUAAAGACCUUUUCCUUUUUAAAAAAAUUUCAGUUCAUCUCCACUUCCUAAAAAGUGUCCCACUUUUGUACACGAAGAAAAGUGAUGCACUGAAUGCAAAAAUUUUACUUCCUGUUUAUUGAACACAGUGAGUAUGCCUGCAUGGAUAAAAAGUUUCGAUUGUUGUUAGAUUGUUUGUUCUGCUGUGUUGUGAGACUAAACCCGUUUUUCCGCUGAUUAAAACCAUUUUAAAGACACAAUUGGAAACAAGACUUAAAGAUAUGAUGUCACACGCAGUAGAUUAUUGCCCUCAUUAUUAUUUUACAAGUGUUUUAUUCACGUCGGCUAAAAAAAAAGUCAGAUAAUAUUCUCCUCAUAUGUAGAGACUAUUUAAAAUAGUCUGAUUGUAUUUUACCAUUAUAAUGUGAGCUAUUUAUUAUUGGGUAAAUUUACAACACAAUGAGGUAUAAACAGUUUGGGAGCACAGCAAAAAUAAAAUAUCCCCUUCAAAGACCAAAACUAUGCUCUUGUAAAAAUGUUUUGAUAAGAAGUUGUCUUGAAGAUGUUGUACUAUAGGCCUGUGCUUGAAUCCAUACUUUAGAUUCUGGGUUGUACAUGUUAUGUGCUAACUCUUCUUUUCUCUCCCGGUGUAAUUUCCGAAUAACCUGUUUGUAAUAUAGAUGAACUGGUUGUGCAUGUGCCGAUUAUACUGCCUGUCAGCUUAGCCAUGAUUUGUAUAUAAUGCUAUAUUGUCGAUUUGUUUGUGACACAGUUAAAAUAGAUUAAUACAAAAUAAAUUAAUUGCAAUGUUGGGAAAGGUGAGUUGAAUUUUAUUUCACAGUUACUUGAGAGGGACUGAUUCUUGUUUUACAUUCAGACUGAACCUUUUCUGAGGAAAGGGCGCCCCCUUUAGGGCGGAGAACAGAACUGCAACAACAAACUAUAUUUGAGUGAGAAGAAAGAAAAGUAACAAGCCGACAGUCUAUUAUACGAUUAUGUAAUUUAUUGCAUCGGGACCGAGCAACCCAAAAAAAGUCUGUGGCACCCCCCCUUCAUAGGGUUCAUUGGACCUGGCUGGGUCUGAUGCCAUGGCCCUGCUGAUGUGCCCCGCCCACUCCUCCUCUCUACCUCCAUCUGCCUAAUGGAUUGUGGAGGUGUGGAUCGUGGUCCAUGCCUACUACCAGGGCCGGAGUGGGGCCACUUUUCAGCCCGGGAAUUUCAGGCUCAAGACCAGCCCACUUUUUUCAUGGUAGUGGAAAUUGGAUAAAUGAAGCAACAGUUCAGCUCUUACUAUCCUGUCGUUCUUUUAUUAAUACCAUGGUCCAACAAAUAAUGUAAAGGUUAAAUACAACAAUAAUAAUCCACUUAAGAUGAGAAGUUAACAAAAAAUAUGCAUAACAUUAAAAAAGGCAGAAUAGCAUAGCAGGGGUUUCAGACUCAGAUGAGGCAGUAGGCCAGAUUUGUUGGAGUGAGACCUCAUGGGGGCCGUCAUUGUCAUGGUCAUUAUAAUUUUUCUGCAUGAGUAUUAUAAAGUGGUGAUUUACUCCUUUACUACACCCACUUCUGAGCAAACAAUGCAUAUUGGUUUAUCAAGUACUGUCAUAUACUGCUCUAGAAUAUAUAACUUUAAUUAAUAUAGUUUCCUCUGUUAUCCUCUCUACCUGUCCCUGUAGUCAUGGCCUCCUCAUUGCAAAUGUCAGGCUCAUCAUUUUCAGCAGGAGACUCUUAUCUGCUGCUCCAAAGCUACAAAGAAGAAUUAAGAGUCAUAUUACUGCAUACUUCAAUAUCAACAGUAUAUAUCAAUAUUGGCAUAAUAUUUGCAAAGUCUAUGGAUCACCAUAUUUUGGGCGAUAUAAGAAGGAUAAUAUUUUAAUUCAAUUUAAUAUUUUGCUUGGGAAUUGGUUGACAACGCUACAAUGAUAUUAAUCAAGGCUACAACGUUAGCCGAAUAGUUAUGUUGCUAAUCAUUAGGCCUUUGUCUCUCUUUACCAGUUGCCACUUGUGUUUGUCCUCUUGAAAAUAAAUCUGUAAGCUUGGCACAUUUGGCAGGAUCCUCCUCCAAUGCCUUUCUUUUUUUCAACCUGGCUUUUUCAGCCCCUCCGGCCCUCUUCCUCCCGUCCAUCCUCCCUGACGCGUAUUGUUGCGGUCGGGCCGGCCCAGCUAUCCGUAGCUGAUAGAUAAAACUUUUUGGAAAAGACGGCUAAGGACCGAACCAACUCUAUUAUUUGGGAGGGGUGAACUUCCUCGCAUGGUACAACCCAUGUAGAGGCUGCGGUGUCAGAAUGCGGAACAUGUGUAGCCCACUUUAAGAGAAGAUGGACUAACGUGACAAAUGUCAACAAAUAAAAUUCUCGACCGGCCCAGAAGUGAAGCGGCCCACCGGGAACUCUCCCGAUUCUCCCGAUUACCCACCCCGGGCCUGACUACUACCAACUAUUCAGGACCGUCUUUCUUUGGCUCGAUCCCCGCCCGAGUCCAUAUGUCCCUGAGCAAGGCAGCUGUCUACGGUGUAUGAUUGAAAGUCGCUUUGGAUAAAAGCGUCAGCUAAACGUGAUGUAAUGUUCCUUCUGUCUUUUUGAAAGACAACGCACUUGAACAUCUUUUUAAUUUCUUUUCAUUUCUUUAUGUAAGAAAUGAAUUCCCUUUUUGUUUCUCUAUCUAUUGUCCUUGGCAAUUCUCAUUUCUGAGAAUCACCUUCCCACCCACCCGUUUUGUGAUCUCACAGCAGAGCCCACCCACCCCCUUCUCCAAUUCAGCCACUUCCCUGGGUGGAGGGGGGUUUCUGUGAGAUUCACAGACUUAACUCCUGCUGGAAGUCACUGCUAGUUACAGACUCUGGUUCGCUGCUCCGUGACGUCACUACUCACUAGCGACGUCACAGCACAGAACCAGAGUACAUGUCAUGUAACAAUGUUUCCAUGGUGACUGUAACGGAUCCCCUUAUUUGAAUCGGCGUGAGACUAUUACUGCUGGUGAACUUCUUUGUUUUCUUUCGGCGAAUACAAUUGAACCAAAAAAAAUUCUUAAAUACCUCCUUGUCACCACCGUAAGAGCAUUAGCCUCAUACGGGACCAUUCAAACUAUUAAAACUUUAUAUGAAAUGCGCAUCCGUCCGUAACAUUUAGCCGUACCGUCAAGUUUGAAUUUUAACAGCGCUUCCUUUUAACAUUUCAAAAUAAAAGUCCGAUUUAGCUCUAAGAGGAAGUAGAUUAAAACAUAUACAAAAUCAUUAAAACAAUACAAUAUAAAAAGGCAGACAUCAAAACCAAUAAAGCAGAUACAAAAGAAGGCAAUCAACACGAAACAAUACACCUUUUAAGGGUUAUUUUGUUUUGUUUUCACUGUAAAUUAUUUUUUACAGUCAAACAAAAUAUGACAACCCUGCUUUUUCAGGGUU